AUGGAGUGUCUACACAGAGCUCGCUUUGGUUUUUGGGUGUUCUUCCCAUUUAGCUAUCAGGGCUACUUGCUCGGAGUAGAUCUCAAUUUGGAUUCGAUGCAAAAGCGAGUUAACAAAGCCAACUUCUCUAUCGCUUACAAGGCCAAACAUUUUGAACUACUCGGGUCUGUCAAUAAUUGGGCCAAGUGUUACUCAGGCAGUGUUUGUCAAAAGAUCAACGACUCUUUAAAGACAGCUGGAAAUGUAACAUGGGAUCGAGAGCUUUCUGAUAUAGGCUGGUCCGUUGGCAUGGCCUUCAAGCCGGACCCUUCGAAGGGACAUGUUAUGAAAGCAAAGUUGGAUCAUCUUUUUCGGUUGAGUCUUGCCUGGAAGACUAAGCUCUCCUGUAUGUAUUUUUUACUACAUGAUAUCGCCUUCUUUCUUCAUAUCUGUUUUUUAUAUGUUUUUACAACUCAUUCAGAUUAUUCUUUUCAGAAUGUAUCCUGUUUACCUAGUCUGUUUUUUUCUCAGAUUCAAAAAGACUAUAUUAAAAAUCUACGUACACAAAGUGAGAUAAUGAUUAAUUUUAUGCGUGUCUCACUGGCUUCUGCGCUUACCAGCUAUUAA